AUGUCCGACGACGUCUCGCAGUUUUUGCAGCAGGUCCAACAGCUCCAGGGCCGGCGGGCAGAAGAGGACGAGGCAAGAUCCCGGGAGCUCGAGGAAAAAUUCUUCAAGAAAAGAGUGAGCGCGCUGCUCGACGAGCUGAGCGCGCCAGAUGACACCUUUGAUAAUAUGGAGAGUCCUGUGACCAACUUCUCUAUGUCUCCCACCAAGGAGACUGAGUCCUUCUCGGACGCGGAGUCGAAGCGGACAAGCAUCACGUCAUCCGCCACAACCCUGCCAUCGCCCGGUAUGCGGGCAGCCCCUAUGUCAUGGCAGAGGCGUCCCAAUUCUCAGUCGUUCGACAAGGCCAAGUCGAGGCCCCUGUCCAUGGUUGCGGCGGAAAAUGCCGCCAGAACCUCGACCACGGCGUCCCCUGAGCCAUCAUCCGCCUCGGAACAGACGUAUACUCGAGACCAGAUUUCGCAGGCGUUGUCGUCAAAGGACCCAACAUGGUUCCGCCAGACAUCGGAGCGCGGGCUCAAUUCGCCCGCCUUUCGGCGCAGCCAGGUCGAGGAUGAGGAGCGACUCGACAUGUCGUCGAUGCGAUCGCAGCUUCCUGGCAUGACGGCAUCCGACACUCGAGAAAGCCCGAUCUCGAACCCCCACCCCUACAACCGAAUAAAGUCGUCUCGCCACUCGAUUUGA